AUGUCGAGAUCUUCAUUUAUCGGUGGUGCCAAGUUUGCUCUGGUUGCUUUUAAAGAUGAUCUAAGGACUAAUAUUUACCCUGUUACUGAGUUGAUUGGUCCCAAAAUGAAGGUUGCUGGUGCUACAGUGAAAGUAUAUGACGAUGGUUUGUUACAGAAAGGAACUAUUGUUAUUACAACUGAUAACAUGAAAUGGUUAGUUGAUGAAAGUGAGAGGUUAGACGUAUCUAGAUAUUUUGGUCUUUCGAAUACUCCUGCAAAGAAAUCCACACCAUCAAGACGCUUUUCUACCCCAAGGCCUACAUCUCCAACAGUUGGUCUGAAUAGACAUGAUUCACCAAGUCCGAUAGCACCUAGGAGACACUCCGUAUUUGAUGACAGGCCAGCUGAGUUGAAAAAAAGAAUCUCUCCCUUAACUUUUGAAAAUACUAAGGAUUCACUAAAAUCAAGACGAAGAACGACCAUUGGUCUCACAUCGUCAACCCCCAAUGUUCAGAAGAGCAAGAAGCAAGAAAAGGGUAAAGUUGAUAAAAGUGGAAACAAAGUUGGAAGUAGAUUACCAACUCUCACCAACAAGAAAAAGGCUAUUAGUUUUAAAUUGGUACAAAAACGUAUAACAGAUUUCUUCAAAGUGCAAGAAAAACAACUGGUUGAACCUUCUUUCCUGUUCCAAGAGCAGAAUAUUUCAUCUUUCUUAGCUUCAUAUGAUUUCCUAUUCCAACAGCCGCGUUCAGUAGCUUUGCCACUUUUCAAAGAAGAACUUUGCUUUACCACAACAACCACCGCAGUCAAUCAAUCAUUUACCUCGUCCUUACCACUUGAUAUUGAUAGUAACGAUUCCCUGACACCGAUGGAGUUAUUUUCAAGAAUGUUGUGGAGUAUGGAACACUGCAAACUUAAUGAUCCAUGGAUGAUAACAAUGGAUUCUCUGAAAGAUAUCAAAUUCCAGUCGAAGACACCAGAAGUAUUUGCCAGGAAUUUGAUGUAUAGAAUGUUUAAUAUCGGUGAAUUGAAAGAUGGUAUGAAGAAAGGAUGUUUAAAUGUAACCAAGUUGAAAAUUAUUCAAGAACUCACGUUUGAUAUGUUUACUGGUAUGGAAGUUAGCUGGUCAGACUGUGUGUCAAUGAUAAACGAUUCUAUAAGAUAUUCUAUCCUGUUAUCUCAGUGUUUAACAGACCAAAAUGAAGGCAUGAAUGGUUUUCGCCCUAGUGCCAAUCAAGGGAAUAUCCCUUGUGCUAAUCAAGGAAAUUGA